AGGGAAGACACCAGGAAACAGGCUCCUGCCUAGACGCAACAGCAUGCAUCUCCUUGGCCCCUUGCUCCUGCUCCUUGUUCUAGAAUACUUGGCUUUCUCUGACUCAGAAGAUUGGAAGUUUGAGCACCCUAAAACCCUCUACGCUUGGGAGGGGGCCUGCAUCUGCAUACCCUGCCAAUACAAAAUUCCAGAGAAAAGAGAGCCCCGGGACAACAAAAGAAAGGUCCUGGACAACCUCACAGUGUACCAUAAUUACACGUAUGACCAAAAGGCCAAGGACUUCAACGGGAGCAUCCUCUACCAGAUGACAAAGAUGAAGGAGUUUCCCUCUCAGGAAAGGAUACAGUUCCUGGGAGACGAGACGUCCAACUGCACCCUGCAUAUCCGCUCUGUAAACACCCAAGACAGCGGUGUCCUGGGGCUGAGGACGACAUCAGGGGCUGAUAAAUGGAUGGAGAAUAUAUUCCUCAACGUCUCCAAAACGGCUCCUCCACCUCUCAUUCAGCUCCCUCUAGAAAUCCGGGAGUCCCAGAAGGUCACACUGACCUGCUUGCUGAAUUUCUCCUGCUUUGAGUACCAGAUCAGAUUGCAGUGGUCCCCGGAGUCAUUUCAGCUUCUCUCUGCCACCUCAACUACCCUGACUACUAAGACCGUCUCCACCCAGAGCGAGCUCACAAUGCAGCCUAAUUGGACCCACCAUGGCCAGAAUCUGACCUGCCAGCUCUGGAAUGACAAUGCAGGCGGGCUGCUCUCCUACAAAACCGUGCAGCUGGAUGUGAAGCACACCCCAAAGUUGGAGAUCAAGGUCAGCCCUGAAGAUGCCAUUGUAAAAGAGGGAAAUUCAGUGACCAUGACGUGCCAGAUCAUCAGCAGCAACCCAGAGUACUGGACUAUAUUCUGGCUCAAGGAUGGGAACCGACUGGAAGAGCAGGAAACACUGCAGAGGGAGAAGAAGAUGGUCACACUCACUCUGCCCUCAGUGACCAAGGAUAUGAGUGGAGAUUACCACUGUGAGGCCCAAAAUGAUAUCGGCUCAGGACAUUCACAAGUGGCCCUCCAAGUGCUCUAUGCUCCGAGACUUUCCUGGGUUCAGAUCCAAUCCUCACCAGCUAGGGAGGGAACUGGAGUAGCGCUGACUUGCAUGGCAGUGGCCAAUCCUCCUUCAACAGAUUAUACCUGGUAUCACAAUAACACUGAAAUCUGGAGAAGCACAAACGAGACCAUCCACAUCUCGAAGGUCUCCCUCAGCCAUGCUGGGAAGUAUUCCUGCCUGGCAAAAAACAGCGUUGAUUCUGGACCAAUGAGCCGGGACGCUGAGUUGGACAUCCAGUAUGCCCCCAAGGAGGUAACCAUAGUGCUUCAAAACCCCACGCCAAUUCGAGAAGGAGACAAUGUGACCCUGACCUGUAACUACACUUCCAGUAACCCCAGAGUUAUCCGAUAUGAAUGGAGUCCCCGAGGCUCCUGGAAUGAACUCGUACCUGGGGUGCUGACGAUUCAAAAAGUUUCCUGGAAUGCCGGGCCAUUCACCUGCGCAGCCUGUAACACAUGGUGUUCGUGGGCUGCCCCUGUCAACCUGCAUAUCAAGUAUGCUCCCAAAGGUGUCAAGGUCCUAUCCAUCAUCCCGCAUUCUGAGAUUCACUCUGGGGACCGCGUUCUCCUCCAAUGUAACUUCUCAAGUAGCCAUCCCACAGACGUCCGCUUCUUCUGGAAGAAAAAUGGAAUCCUUUUAAAGGAAGGAAGAGAACUGAGCUUUGACUCCAUCUCUCCAGAAGAUGCUGGAAGUUACAACUGCUUGGUCAACAACUCCAUAGGACAGAGCACAUCUGAGACCUGGAUGCUCCAGGUGCUAUAUGCACCUAGGAGGCUGUGGGUGUCUAUGAGUCCGACAGACAGUGUGAUGGAGGGGAAGAGGGCAGUCCUGACGUGUGAAAGUGAUGCCAACCCUCCCAUCUCCCAGUACACCUGGUUUGACUGGAAUAACCAAAAGCUCCACCAUUAUGAUCAGAUACUGAGAUUGGAUCCUGUGAAAGUUGAGCACUCAGGCGCCUAUUGGUGCCAGGCGGCCAACCAACUGGGUGUGGGCCAGUCGCCCCCCAGCAUCCUUACUGUCUACUAUAGCCCAGAGACCAUCAGCAGGCGAGUGGCCCUGGGCGUGGGGCUCUGCCUGGCCAUCCUCCUCCUGGCCAUCUGGGGAGUCAAGUUUCAGCAAAGUUGGAGGAGGAUUCAGAGCCAGCAGGGCCUUCAGGAAAAUUCCAGUGGGCAGAGCUUCUUCGUGAGGAAUAAAAAGAUUAGAAGGGCCCCCCUUUCUGAAGGCCCCCACUCCCUGGGCUGCUACAAUCCGGUGAUGGAAGACGCCAUCAGCUACGCUGUCUUGAACUUUCCUGAGAAUAACACGCCAAGGAUUGGAGAUGCAGGGACCUCAGAGGUGCCGAGACUUUCCCUAAACAGAGACGAUACAGUUACUUACUCUGUGGUGCACAAGCGUCAGGUGGGCGACUAUGAGAAUGUGACUCCAGAUGUUCCAGAAGACGAGGAGAUACAUUACUCGGAGCUGGUUCAUUUUGGGGCUGGGGAGCGGCCUCUGGACCACGAAGGGGUGGAAUAUGUGACCCUCAAACGCUGACUUGCAAAUGGGCUGAGGCAGAAGUGCCGAGGAGUUGCAGGGGUCCGGUGAUCAUGGAGCUUUUCCAUGCAGUCUCCCUCUACACACACACACACACACACACACACACACACACAAUUACUGCACCCCCGGUCACUACAGAGAUUUGGGCAUGGCCCAGAGAUAGUCUUCCUUCUCAGCAUUGGUAACGCCAACUGUCCAAAAGGCCUGCCGCUGGCCUUUUCCCACUCUCCUUCCCACCCAGAAACUCAUCUAAACACCUCGCAUGCACUGGACAAAUUCCCUGCCCCUCUGUCACUACCCACCCUCUCCAAAACCUCAUGCCCAGCUGGCUGAGUCCCUGCUGGGAUCAGCUUUGUCCCUAGUUUUUAUUCUUUCCCUCCCCAUCCCCUGACACCCUCCUGCCCCAUCCCAUUCAGAUAACCCCACUCACUAAUCUUAUGCCUAAUUUCUACCUUUGGGGCAAAACCCAGAGAAAGGGACAGAAGUGAAGUAGAAAGAGGCACUGUCUCAUGCUGGUUUCUCCUCGACCUGCCAGCGAGGCAUUCCAUGGACGGGCUCACACCGCUGCAGCCCCACCCUCCGAGGCCUCGGGGUCUGAGACAUACACCCAUGUGGACAAACAUGUGACGAACACGGAGCUGCACAAUAAAAAUGGCUAAGAUAUCACUUUGAAAAA